AAGGGAAACUAUGGGAACAACAUUAUCAAUCAUAGUAGAAGAAAUUGAAGAAAAAAGAAAAAGGGAGAAAGAAGAAGAAAGGAAAAGGGAGGAAGAAAGGAGGAAGGAAGAAGAAAGGAAAAGGGAGGAAGAAAGGAGGAAGGAAGAAGAAAGGAAAAGGGAGGAACAAAGGAGGAAGGAAGAAGAAAGGAAAAAGGAGGAACAAAGGAAGAAGGAAGAAGCUGAAAAAAGUAAACGGGAGGAGGGGAAGAAAAAAAUAAUGGAAAUGAUAGAUAGACUAAUCGAUAGAGAAAUUAAGAAGAUUGAAAAAAAGAUCGGCCACAUCCUUCGUAGUGGUGGCAACAGCCCAGACAGUGGCGACCAUAGCCUUGACAACUGCAGUAGCAGCAACGACAAUGAUACCAAAUAUGAAAAUGGAAAGAAGAAGACAAAUAGUAGCACUGACACUGACAAGAAGAAAAAGAAGAACAAAGACCAACAAAACCAUAGUGGCACUGACACUGACAAGAAGACAAAGAAGAAUGACGGCAAGGCAAACCAUAGUGGCACUGACACUGACAAGCAGACAAAGAAGACCGAUGACAAGGCAAACCACAGUGGCACUGACACUGACAAGAAGACAAUGAAGCAUGAUGACAAGGCAAACCACAGUGGCACUGACACUGACAAGAAGACAAUGAAGCAUGAUGACAAGGCAAACCACAGUGGCACUGAUACUGACAAGAAGUCAAAGAAGAAUGAUGACAAGGCAAAUUGUAGUGGCACUGACACUAACAAGAAGACAAAGAAGAACGAUGACAAGGCAAACCAUAGUGACACUGAUAUUGACAUGAAGACAAUGAAGAACGAUGAUAAUGCAAACCACAGUGGCACUGACACUGAUAAGAAGACAAUGAAGAAUGAGGACAAGACAAACCAUAGUGGCACUGACACUGACAAAAAGAAGAAAGGAGAAGCAUGGAUUAAGAUGAAGAUGGAGCCAUGAUAGGAGCAACAUGAAUGCAUGCAUAGAUAUAUAUAUAUAUAUAUAUUCCACCUGGUUGGAACUAAAAAAAAAGAAUUGUGUUAAUGUAACUACAUAAAUAAAUGUACUGUCCAUUACUAUGGAUAUA